AUGGCCCAGGUCGCGUGCAGGCUAACGCGAGAGAAGCUGUAUCGGCUCGCAAAAGACCCCGACGACAACUACUUUCCCCGAAGCGCAAUCCUGAGCGUCUUCAACACCGAUGACUGCUUACGCCAGGUUUACUUGUGCGGCUGUGAUUUCUGCCGGCAAGACUUCAGAGUCGAUUCCCCCGUCAAUCCCGAUAACAGGCACCAGACCUUCUACCGCGAGGAGCUACUCGACAGAUAUGCGACCGUGUACGCCUUGCUCAUUUGCUCCUAUCGCGCUGGUUUGAUCCGCUCUUUCCAGAAGCAUCGAAAAUACCUGAAUGGCAGUGAUUUUUUUACCCGUGACUCCCUGCGAUUUCUUAUCGACGAACGUGUUGAGGGUGAGUCGAUCAUCGAUGAUAUCCUUCACAACCAGUACAGGUUCCAGCUUCGGGCAAUCGACCGAUCGCGCGAGCCCAUCACCCUCGAUCGCCUCGAAUUUCUUCCAAUUCGGCAAGACCGCGAGCAGAAGGGCAGAGGCUCGUUCGGGCAGGUGUAUGGAUUCGAAUUCGCAUACGAAGAGUAUCGUGGUGAGAAGAUGCGGCACAUCUCCCGGUUCGCGAGGAAGAUCUUCCAACGUGACACUGCCGGUCUGGAUGAGUGGUUCAAUCUCCUGCACUUCGAUGAAUUGAAACAUCCGCAUUUGAUGUCAGCCUUGGCAGCUUUCUGGCACAGGGAUCAAUUCUCAAUCGUCUUUGAGGAGGCCGAACAAACACUGGAUACCUAUCUGAAAAGUGACGGCGGUCUUGCGCAAGAACUCUGGAGUCAGCUCCAAGGACUCGCUGAUGGACUCGCAUUUCUUCAUGGAUCAUGCGGCUCAAUUAUCGCAUAUCAUGGUGAUUUGAAACCAGCCAACAUUCUUAUCGUCCGAGGGGUGAUGAAAAUUGCGGAUUUCGGCCUGCUGCAAGUUCGUUACACGUCGUCCGUUGCAAACCCUCUUGAGUCGUGGCCGUCAAGCGACAUCAACGCUUCUACUCGGCCAUAUGCUGGUCCGAGUGGAAAGAAACCAUCAAUGGAUGUUUGGUCAUUUGGCGCCAUAUUGUCCGAGAUUGCCGCAUUCGAUCUAGAGGGGAAAAGCGGGCUACAACGCUACCGAAAAAGUCGUCUGGACGACAGCCAGGAGGAAGCUGAUGGAUUUCACAAUUAUGGCUUUCAUCACGCCGGAUUUCUGAAAAAGUCCGUGACCGAAACGAUCACUGCCCUACAGGAGUUGGUGCGCAACAGCCAACAACAACAAAACAACGUGCUUGUCUCACCAUUCCAACAACGCUUUUUCCGACAAAGAUUCUUCGAAUUGAUUCGUGGCAUGCUUUCUGAUGGCCACGCAUACUGCCCGACUUCAGAGCACGUGGCAGACGAGUUAAAGGAAAUCCAUCGCCAGGCCGGGCUCCAACCGCAAGGGUUCUCUCCUCGUGGGGACAUUUGGGAUGAUGUAAAAUAUGAACGCGUCCCAAAUAGCCCGUCGAGGUCCAACUGCAGGCUAUGCGCUAGGCUUCUAGAGCCGCCGUCCAGUCCAAAGUGUGGCUUGCUCCUUCACGACGGCAAUGAAGGCAGAUCCCUUUUGGUCCAAUGCGUUUUGUAUAACUAUCGAGAUGUCAACAUCUACAUCAUACAAGAGCCUUUCAUGAGGUUGUACCGGGAGCUGCCGAGCUUUGACCCGGAGUAUACAGAUAGAAACAGCGAAAGACCAUCGCUCAAGGCAACUCUGCAUCAGUGUGAUGGUCGACGGUACGCCUUCGAAUUCAAUGACCUCAGCGACCUUCUCACUCUUCAAGCCGCAAUGACCAAACAAUAUGUUUUCAAUUUGUACGCGUACCUUACGAGCUAUCGCACGUUCCCCCUGCCCCAUCGACGUCCCGAGCGACGAUCUGCGGUCGAAUUGGAAAGGGCAGUGGUCCAACUAUGGUCAGAAAAGCCGCUCCGCGAUGACCAGAUUCUUUGGCCCGGUACUCUCAGGAUCGCCAAUCCCCGAAUGCACAUUGCUAUCAUUUGCAAGGACAAAAGCAAGCUGUUGCUGAUCAAAGGUAUCCGAGACACCACUUUCCAUCUAAACCGGUUAACCUGA